CCCGGUCGCCUCUCUGUGGCUGUAACCUCCUGAGGGGGGUGGGGGGAACGGGCCGGGGGUUUGCUUGUAUGUUUUUGCUGUGCUGGAGGGAGACGGGCCGGGCAUGAGGAGCCGUCGCAUCCCGUGCAGAUUAUUUAAUCAGCCAAUAUUUUGAAGAAAAGGAAAACAAUGAUGUCAAGGCAGGCCUUUCUCUGCAGCUUGGGAUCUCUGUAUUUGUCCCUUCUGUUUGUAUUUCUUUUGAUGGAUGUUUAUGCAAGGCCUGCAAAUAAUUCGGCCCUCAAAGAGAAGCCAGCUGACAGUAAGGAUGAGAAUGAGAUCUUGCCUCCAGAUCACCUGAAUGGGGUCAAAAUGGAGAUGGAUGGACAUCUCAACAAAGAAUUUCAUCAAGAAGUUUUUCUGGGAAAAGAGAUGGAAGAGUUUGAGGAAGACUCAGAACCCAGGAAAAACAGGAAGAAGCUCAUGGUCAUAUUUUCCAAAGUGGAUAUAGAUAAUGAUAAAAAGAUAAGUGCUAAAGAGAUGCAGCGCUGGAUCAUGGAGAAGACAGAUGAACAUUUCCAGGAAGCUGUGGAAGAGAAUAAAAUGCAUUUUCGAGCUGUGGACCCUGAUGGUGAUGGUCAUGUUUCCUGGGAUGAAUAUAAAAUCAAAUUUUUGGCAAGUAAAGGACUUAAUGAGAAAGAGAUUGCAGAGAAGAUCAAAAACAAUGAAGAGCUGAAAAUAGAUGAAGAAACACAGGAAGUUUUGGAUAACCUGAAGGAUCGGUGGUACCAAGCUGACAACCCACCUCCUGAUAUGUUAUUGAACGAAGAAGAGUUCUUAUCCUUUCUUCAUCCAGAGCACAGCAGGGGAAUGUUGAAGUUUAUGGUCAAAGAAAUCAUCCGAGAUUUGGAUCAAGAUGGAGAUAAGAAACUUACCCUUUCAGAGUUCAUUUCAUUACCUGUUGGUACUGUAGAGAACCAGCAAGCUCAAGACAUUGAUGAUGAUUGGGUAAAAGACAGAAGGAAGGAAUUUGAGGAAGUCAUUGAUGCUAACCAUGAUGGUAUUGUCACAAUGGAGGAGUUGGAGGAAUAUAUGGAUCCUAUGAAUGAAUACAAUGCUCUAAAUGAAGCGAAGCAAAUGAUAGCGGUGGCAGAUGAAAAUCAAAACCAUCACUUAGAGCUGGAGGAGAUCCUGAAAUACAGCGAAUACUUCACAGGCAGCAAGCUUAUGGACUAUGCACGUAACGUCCAUGAGGAGUUCUGACCUUGCUCACUUUUCCAGAGCUCUGAAGCACUUUCCUGCUUUUGAAAAACAGAAAAAAAAAAAAAAA